AAAUUAUUUUUUUGGUUUUUUAAUCAGUUCAUUGUCUCGGAAUUACAUUAUAAAAGCCGGGUUUAAAGCGCUACCUCAAUAAUUAAAUAUUUGAAAAUGUUGAAACAAAUUGUGUGCACUCUUGUCGUUGCCCACUUUGGCGCUGCAUUUGUGGCAAACCCGGUCCAAAGUGACAUCGUCCCUUUUACCCUUUACGACCAAGCGUUGAAAAAACUAGAAGAGUUGCGAAUAAUCGUCGAUAGUGCCAUAGCAUCGGCCAAACUAACUCUCACUUCCGCUAGCACCUCUCAUCACAAAUACGCCGACGAAAGUUUAGCAGCUGCUGAUGUCAAGCUCCGAGACGAAGCUGAUAAAAUACAAGGUUCCAUCCAAGACAUGCAAAAUAUCGCCAAUGGUGCUGGUGUUAGCAUCCACUCAUGCCUGCGGCUUACGCAGCCCCAACUUGAGCGAGCUUUGGCAGACUCGCAAGGCGAGUUAGCGAGUUGUGUCUCCGGAGUGAAUGGAGAAGUUGAUACUAAUAUUAACGAUGCUAAAAGAGGAGUUGAUGCUACGACGGGUGAUGUGGACGAUCUUUUAGCACAAAUUAAAUCUUGCACUACUGGGAGCAUUUUAUGCUUGUCGCCGAUUAUAAGACAAAUUGAUGUCGAUAAAGUGGAGUUGCCGGAAUUGAUUGAAACUGAGGUCCAUAAAGCUGUAACUUUAGUUGACACUUUAACCCCGAAAGUUGACCAUUGUUCGGACAGUAAUGUCUCGACGUACGUCACUGAGGCCACCACCAUCCUCCAAAGUAUUGAAGAUUGUGUUAACCGUAUUUUGCCCUAAAUAAAAUGAUUUGAACCACUUUGUUUUUCAUUACGAUUAUCAAGUAUCUUCCACGUUGAUAAAUCACAGCGUUUCGCACGAAAAUUUUAUCUUAUACCACUUUAAAUCGCCGCUAAAGCUACGUGUUUUACUAAAUACGAUGUUUAAGCAAGUUUUGGUGUUGUACUCUUUUGUGCUAAUCACACAGAUUAGCAGCUUUACGCUUGUAAAUUUACACGCCCCUAUAGACGAUGCCAAAGCUCUGCUGCAAAAUCUCAGCGAGCUAGCUUUGGGGAACAUUUUGGUGGCCCAUGACCAGAUAAAUGACUUGGGUUCAAACCUGGCUGCCUUCAGUACGGACGUUAUAUUCAAAUCGGAGCUAGACAUCCAGGAAGAAACGCAAGCAAUUGAUGAGGAAAUCUCCAAUUUCAAAAGUUUGGCCGACGCAGUUAAUAAAAACAUUUCCGAAUGUCUUGAUGGCAACGAGGAUAAAUUGAAGAAAUUACCCGAAACUUUUCGCAAACAAAUAAGGGAGUGUGUUGCUGGAGUUCAGAAAGAGAGUGAUUCUUUGCUGUCUAAGGUUUUCUAUAAUAUUGAUAUUAUGAUGAAUGUUGUGCACGAUUUGAAUUUCCAACUUGGACAAUGUGCUGAUGAUGAUAAUAGCUGUAUUUCGGCGGUUGUUGAUAAGAUAAACGAAGCCAUGGAAAACAUACCGUUGAAAAUCAAAGUUGAAAUCAAUUCGGCGAGUGAUCAAGUGGAGCUUUAUCAGGCGAAAAUUCAACAAUGUGCAGAUUCGGGAGUCGCUGGAUAUGUUGAAAAUGUUACAGAUAUUAUGAGUGACGUUACGGUGUGUGUCAAUGAAAUUAUCUCAUAAAGCACGUCUUUAUCUUGGUAAAAUAAUAGAAAAAUAUACGACUACAAAGUUAGAAAAAAUUGUUUCAUUAUAACAUUUAGUCAUGCGACAAAUCUUUAAUUUUGCAAUUGCUGUAAUUCGAAAAAUCUUGGCAUCUUAUCGCAGUUUAUAAAUAAUUUUUAAGAUUUUAGAAGCUUCUAUCUUCUUUGAUUUAGCGACCGAUAAAGUACUUAUUAGUGUGAUGUAAAUAUUGUGUUUUCUGCUUAUCACUUUAUCUUUAUCUCUGCAUCUUUACCAUUUUGUUUUUUCAAAAAACAAAAGUACUUAAAGUACUUUUAUUCUAUUUUUAACUGAUUUUGCAAAUAAUACAUGUUUUAUCAAAAUGACGUCAAAAACUGGGGACUUGAGAUUCAUGAAAUUUUAGAGGAUUGGUUUUAUAUUUUCCUAAAGCACUUAGACUAGAAAAUAGAGUCGAGUGAGCUUUCGGGAUGUUUUUCAAAAUGUGAAAAAGCGGAUAAAUACGCUCACAGCGUCUUGUAAAAGUUUAAGUGUGUAAGGAUUAACAACUUUGUGUCUGAGUUAAUCCGUGCAUUACAACUUUUUUGAUAAAAAAAUUACCUAUCUAUUACUGUACUAUGAUUGAUUGUUACUCAGCGCCCAGUCUCCUAAACCUUAAAAGAAUUAAGUCUUCGCUGAAGGUUUCAAAUGCACGUUGCACGCAAGCUUCGAUUUUUAUCUGAUAAUAAUUUCCAGUAUUUUGAAUUAAUUAUCUUACGAGAGCUACUUAACCGACUGCUAUAUAUAAAGACCCGUCCAGACUUGGUUUAGUAAAAAUAAAAAUAAUGGCUCUACAACUUGUUCUUUUGUGUGCGUUGUUUGCUCUUGCAAAUGCUGGACACUUCGCCCCGCGCGAUUUGAUUGACGAGGCAACUCGUCAACUUGAAGAACUCAAACAAAUCGUCCAUGGCGAUAUUCUCGUAGCUCACAACGAUUUAUCUGAUGCUGCAAUGGCCUUUAACACAUAUGCCGAUACUAUUCUUAAACAAUCAGUCAUUUCGAUACAACAAGAAGCAGAAACAAUCCAUUCCCAAUUGGAAACUAUCAAAGAGUUGGGACACGCUGCAGGAAAGGACAUUUCCAGUUGCACCAAAGUUCGGGAACCUUUCCUAAGACGAUUGCCGGGACAUUACACUGAAUCGAUAGUCAAGUGUACACAUGGGUUGAUGGGAGAGGCCGGUGGCAUUGCCAAAAACGCGAAAUACAUCGUGGAUAUUACCAUUAACCAAGUUCAUCGUCUUGAACAUGAACUUGCAAACUGCAAGGGGGAAAUAUUGUGCAUUUCGCCAUUGCUUACUGAAAUUGAAUUGGGAAAAAUUAGACUGCCCCAGAACAUUAAAACCGAAGUUCAAGCCACUCAAAGUGUUUUAACCACGUUGAAAAUAUCGGCACAGUCGUGUGGGGAUGACCAUGUGGCUGAAUACACAACAGAGGCGACCACCAUUCUUGGAGACAUCACGGCUUGUGUUGACAGGAUUAUUCCCUAGGUUUUGAAGCUUGUUCAUUUAAAUAAACAAUUAUUCGAAAGAAAAA